AUGGCCGUAGAUAUAAAGCCCGCCCUCAAGGGACGUCCCAUGAAUCAACAGCUCUCCCGAAGACAAGACAAGAUGAACCUGCGCAUAUUGACCCUCGUUCUCGCCGGCCUGGCCGCUGCAAGCCCGGUUGACCUCCAGGAGCGUCAAUUAUCCUCCGGCAACGAACUGCGAGACGGCUCCUGCAAACCCAUCACCUUCAUCUUCGCCCGUGCAUCAACCGAGCCAGGCCUCCUGGGUCUAUCCACCGGCCCGGCAGUCUGCAACGGCCUGAAAGCCGCCAAACCAGGCCAGGUAGCCUGCCAGGGCGUCGGACCAGCCUACACAGCGGACCUGGCGUCCAACGCUCUACCGGACAACACCUCCCCCGCCGCCAUCAACGAAGCCAUCGGGCUAUUCAAACAGGCCGCGUCCAAAUGCCCCGACACGCAGAUUGUGGCCGGCGGAUACAGCCAGGGCACGGCCGUCAUGGACGGGUCCAUCAAGCAGCUUCCUGAUGAUGUCAAGGCGAUGAUCAAGGGGGUGGUUCUGUUUGGGUACACGCGCAACGCGCAGGAGAGGGGGCAGAUUGCCGAUUUCCCCAAGGAUAAGGUCAAGAUCUACUGUGCGGUGGGGGAUCUGGUCUGUGAUGGCACGUUGGUUGUGACGGCGGCGCAUUUCACGUACGUGGCGGAUACGGGGGAUGCGACUCGGUUCUUGCUCGGGAAGUUGUCGUCGACCAGUUCGGCUAGCGGGUCGACUUCUUCUGGCUCUACUUCGUCUGGAUUUUCUAGCCUUUUUGGUGGUUUCUAA